AUGUCCCUGAAGCCGUUCUCGUACCCGCGACCAGAGACGAGGUUCUUCCAUGCCGGCUAUCUCGUGUAUAAAUUCAAGAUCCGUUAUGGCAACCUCAGCAGUGCUGAUGAUCCGGACAACGCUGCAAACGCCGCCCAGGAGUUAGAGGAAGCAAUUCGAGUGAUCCUUGGAAAUCUUGAGGAUUUGCAGCCGUUUUCUACAGACCACUUCACUAUCUUUCCCUAUUUAAGCAGGUGGGAGCAAGUGUCAAAAAUGAUGUUCAGAUAUGGGGAUUUGUGUCUCACGCCUUAUCCCUACAUUUGCACUAUAUAUCUAGAAGAUAAUUCAUUUCAGCAGAACAUAGCUCUUGGUAAGUCUGCAUCAUCAUUUCUGGAUAAAUCCUGA